ACGUACUCUGACCCACUGACCACAGCUCUUCAGUGACUCAAAGGCAUCACCACAUGGUCUCUACCAACCUUCUCAGAUGCAGGAGAAAACUUCGUAGGCUCUUCUAUCCAUGAAGGUUCUAUCAUACAUCAGCUAAACGCUGCGGGAAAGGUAUGUGCUGACUACUUUUUCCCUGAUACAAUUCAAAGGAAAGAUUGCUCUCGCUGGUGAUGACACUUGGCUCACCCUUUUCCCAGAUGCCUUCCAGCCAAACAUGACAUUUGCCUUUGACUCCUUCGACGUCGAAGACCUUCACACCGUAGACCAGGGUGUCAUCGACAAUCUUUUACCUUUGAUGCGACAUCAUCGAAACUCAUGGAGUUUUGCCAUUGGUCAUGGUUUAGGUGUCGAUCACGCAGGCCCAGACCAUCCCGUCCUCAGGAAAAAAAAUCGAGCAGAUGAACAUAUUCCCGUUGCUCUCAACACCUUUAGGUCCUUUUGCUCGAAGUGCUGGCAAUGUCACUGAUCGUAUCUGGAACCUCCCUUCCCACCCCCGCCCGAACGUACUAAGAGUCGCAUUAGCGAUGUCGUUAUAUUUUGCGGUGUUGGCGUUUGGAGCAGGGUUGAGGCGGCAUUUGAUGGUAUGGGUGAUCUUUGCGCCCAGGUGUUUGGUGGUUGUAUUUGGGCUUUUGGUUGUCGAUCUGGGUGUUUUGGUUGAUGUGGGGGUUGGGGUUGGGAGGGUUUUGACUCUUGGGAGGGGCGGUGGGUAAGCAGUGUUGUGUUAUAUGCUAGAAUUGAAUUGAGCUCCUUGGGUCAGCCGCUCUGGCCACGUACCGU